UUACCUUUUUGAAAGAAGAAGAUCAGAGAGGAAGACGAGGUUUGAAGUGCGGAUUAGGGGUCCUAAAUCUUGGCCUGGCACCUCCGUCUGGAACUUUAUAAGGAGACGGAGGCGUGCACUGACUUUAGGGAAUCAUGCACAGUUUCCCGGGAGCGUGUUCUGGAACUGAGCUUCGGGGCUCAGAAACGUCUCCCCACACAGACCUUCUGUGCCAGGCAGUCUGAAUGGACCAUCCUCUCUGCUUUGAAGAUUUGCAGCCUCGUUUUCUGCCGAGACAUUAACUUCUUGGUUCAUCUGUUCGUUGGCUUUUUUGUUUGUUUGUUUGUUUUUUGGCGAGCGAUGGAGACACGGAAAUCGGCCGGACUGCUGACCUUGCCGUACCCCCUCCACCCGGGGCCCCUGAGCCUGCCCGAGACCCUGCCCCGCCUCCCUCUGAGGGACCCCUUCAGGGUCUCCUUGCGUCUGGACGCCGCGUGCUGCGCCCCGAGACGGCCCUACCUGCCCCUGCCGCUGGACGGCGCCUUCGAGCCCGCCUUCCUCCGCAAGCGCAACGAGCGCGAGCGGCAGCGGGUGCGCUGCGUGAACGAGGGGUACGCGCGCCUCCGCGACCACCUGCCCCGGGAGCUGGCGGGCAAGCGGCUGAGCAAAGUGGAGACGCUCCGCGCCGCCAUCGGCUACAUCAAGCACCUCCAGGAGCUGCUGGAGCGCCACGCGCGGGGCCAGGACGGCCCGGCCGGCCCCCCGCGCAGGUCCGACUGCAACAGCGACGGCGAGUCCAAGGCCUCGUCCGCGCCUUCGCCCUGCAGCGAGCCCGAGGAAGGGGGCAGCUAGCGAGCCCGGGACCCCCGCCGGGACCCUGGCCUGGACCCCGGCGCCCGUGCACCGCGCACCUUUGCCCUCUGGUCUAAGGUUCUCUCCGAAGGUGGUUGCGUUUUUAAUCCGGUUUCUCCUCCAGAGGGGGAAAAAAAAUCUUAGAAAAAAGAAAUUAGUGCUUUAAAGGAAAAAAGAUAUUCCGACAUUCUGGUUGGAUUUCCUCCUCCCCCUUUUAUUGGCUUUGUGCCUCCAACUUAAUUAGGUGCCUGCUUAAGGGAACUUCUGGACUUCUCACAUGCAAACGGUACCAGAUUCGGAGCACCUCGUCCUGGAAACCCAAAGAGCAGUGACAGUGGGAGUUUCCCUCCGUCCUCGGUGUGGGUAAAUCAUGUACAUAAAUAUCGAAAUAAAUCCAACCUUAACCAAAGAAGAACUUCCCAAAAAUAAAUAAAUAAAGGACAGCUCUCAAGGCGAGAGGCACGUUUUCCUGCGUCCCUCCCCUUAGGAAUUACAUUGGGCGGCACCGCGCCUUGCUCGGUGAAGGUGACACCCGAGGACGCGUGUGCCCGCGGCGCUGCUGGGCCGGCCUGUGCCGUUGACCGAGCGGGUGGGCCGCGGCGCCGGCGAAGGCAUGUCUCCUCGACACUUCCCGUCUCAUCAGAAAGUGGCGAUUCUGGAAACUCCACAGGAGUCAGCAGAUAACAUGUUAGCGUCCAUGAACCUUUUGGAAGAGAGCUCAGAUUUGUGUGAAAACUUACUUUUCCUCUCUGUUGUUGUUGUUGUGUGUGUUUUAUUCCCUUUCUUUGCAUCGCCCCUUGCAGUUCUUACUCAACUGUUGGUUUAAUUGAAGUGACACUGUGACCUUUUUGUUUGUCUCAAGUAAAUGCUUAGAUGGUUGAACGGGAUGGGCUGGGGCUGGUCCAUUCUCACACUUUCAUCACGAGGGCUCCCAAUUAUCUAGUGCAGUGGUUCUCCACCUUCCUCAUGCUGCGACCCUUUAAUACAGUUCCUCAUGUUGUGGUGACCCCAACUAUAAAAUUAUUUUCGUUGCUACUUCUUAACGGUAAUGUUGCUACUGUUAUGAACCAUAAUGUAAAUAUCUGAUAUGCAGGAUGUAUUUAGGCGACCCCUGUGAAAGGGUCGUUCGACCCCCCAAAGGGGUCGCGACCCACAGGUUGAGAACCACUGAUCUAGUGCCUCCAGCUUGUUCCUAGUUUCUUAAAAAUACUUAAUUCUGGUCAUUUAUUUUUUUUUUCCUCUGAGAAACAAUUAGAAAACCAUAGAUAAGUAAAAAAAAAAAAAACUGAUAUAAGAUAAACUUCCUCUCUCAAAAGUUCUAAUAUGCUGAAUUGCCCUUUCCUCCUAAGUAGCUGGGGUGUGGGGGUGGGGAAUGGGGCCAGGAAAUAAACGGAGAGGAAACUGACAAGGGUGCGCCCCUUCAGGGAACUGUUUCACUUGACCCCCACACUGGCUUCAUUGGGUGGGUUGUAUUACCCCCUUUUUACAGAUGAGUCAACCGAGGGAAGCUAAUAGCCAGUGCACACCUUUCACAUGCCAGGAACCAUGCUCUGUGCUUUUUUUUACAUUUUGUUGUAUUUAAUUUUCAUACCUCUCUGAGGUGGGUGUUACACAUAUUUUGUGAUAAAAAAAAAAGAAGCUCAAGCAGAUUGCCUGCCUGGCCCAGACCAGUGUUGCUGCCAUUCGUGGAGCCGAGGUCCAGUCCUGCGUCUGUCUGACCCCAACGCCCAACUUGCUGUCUCCCUUAUCAUGCCUUCCCUUGCUCUCAGCUAACGUUGCUUGGCCUGUGGAAUGCUGAAUCCAUGUGAGACGGUAUAAUUACUAAUAUUUAUAACUAUGAGUAUAAUGGUAUUCUCUUGUUUUCAGCCGCACAGGCAAAUGCUGUGCAAUGAUUCACAGCCAAGCUUUCUUUUUUCCCAAGAACAGUGGUGGAGCUCUUGAGUUUGAAGGAGCAAAGGAUAUAUGAGCCAUUUUCUCUAAUCUCACACACUCCCAUAACAUACCCACUUUAGCCUUCAGGCAGGUUGUUAUUCUAUAAGGGCAGGGGCGGGGGGGCUUCAGUGAAGCCAGCCUACCUGAGGUAUAUUUACUAAUUAGGAAAAAAGAAAAGGGAAAACAUUCAUGCUGCCUUCCUAGGUAACUUAGAGGAAAUGCUAAUUAACCAAGUUGUUAAAAACCUUGAGAGACUUUUCUAGGGGUCCUAGUGGGGCAGUAAUCACAAUGUCCGUUCCUUUAUUCUACUCUCUUUUCCAAAGUAGGAAUAAUAACCUGGUCAGAUGGCUCAGUUGGUUAGAGCAUCAUCCUGAUACGCCAAGUUUCCAGGUUGGAUCCCCAGUCAGGGCACAGACAAGAAUCAAUAAGUGAAACAACAAAUCAAUGCUUCUCUCUCUCAAAUCAAUAAAUAAAAGUUUUAAAAGUAGGAAUAAUAAUAAAAAAGAGUAUAUUUUGUUUAAUCUACACAGACUAUGUGAUUGUUUUCUAACUGCAGGGAAAAAAAUACUUUUUCUUUACUUAAUUCAUUAAAAUAGUUGUAUAAAGUCUGUGAAUAAAUAUCCUUUGAUGAGAUAAGUGCCUUAUAAAGAGGGCAGGUCAGUUUUAAAAGGGAACUUUAUUUUGGAUAAAAUGCCUUGAGAGACUUUUAAUGUGGUUUUGAUUGAAGCCUACUAAGAAUAAGGCAAUCAUUUUGAGAAACCUUUUGAAAAAAAUAAAAUCCCAGCUCAAUUAUAUACAUAUUUUUAAAGAAAAAACAAAAUCAGGCAUUUUUCUGGAACCUUCCUGAUGGCUUACAGGAGGAGCACCAUUCCAGGAAUGAGACCUUUUAAAAUGUUCAAUCUCCCCCUUUCCUGUGAAUGAAUGCUUCAUUAACCAUAGAACCAUUUGAUUCUCAAAAAGAAGAAAAUUGGUUCUAGGUACUUUCACCAUCGUAUUCGUGCCACAAUCAUUUUUGCUGCAAACAUUUUGCCCACAUGACUAAUUGACCAUAAGGCAAUCUUGCUGUAUAAAAG